ACCCAUCAUCUUUAUAAAAGAAAAAAUAACUAAAAAAUAAAAUGUCAGUAAAAGUUAUAAUUUUUUUUCAAAUUUCAAGUAUUUUUAUUUUUAUUAAGCCGAGUUCAAGUUGGCCUUUCUUCAGACGUGAUGUUUAUGACAAUGGUUUGGAUGGAUCAAUUGGAAAUUUAGCUUACAUGAAAUCAAAUCAGAUAUUUGGAAAUCCAAGUAAUGAAACUGGAGCAAGAGUUGCUGGAUGGAGUCUAAGUUCAUCCGUAAAUCCUGAAGAACUUGGUGAAUAUGCUGAGGGGGAUAUAUUAUUUCCACCAAACUUUGGAAGAAAUGGAUUGAAAAAUGGCAUUGCCAGGUGGCCUGAAGGAAUAAUUCCUUACAUGAUGAGUCCAUACUUUAAUGCCGUACAAGUGGCCGUGAUCAUGGACGCAAUGAAUGAGUAUCACAAACAUACAUGUAUACGAUUUAUACCAUACAAAGGUGAACAAAGUGAUUAUGUUCGUAUAACUGCUGGCAGAACUGGAUGUUGGAGUAGUGUAGGACGUAUUGGUGGUCGUCAAGAUCUCAAUCUUCAAGUACCUGGUUGUGUGACAUUGAAAGGAACAGUUAUACAUGAACUUAUGCAUGCUGUUGGUUUUUUACAUGAACAAAGUAGAUAUGAAAGAGAUCAUUAUGUUAAAAUUAAUUGGAAAAAUAUUAAAAAAGGAUAUUCAUCAAAUUUUAAUAAAGUAGAAAAAGAUGAAUCAGAUGCUUUUGGAGUAAGUUACGAUUACGGAAGUAUAAUGCACUAUUCGAAAAAUGCAUUUUCAUCUAAUGGAGCACCAACAAUCGAACCAACGGAAGAUAAUGGUCUAUUGGAUUUCAUUGGAAAAAUUUUCCAGAUAAAAUCAAUAACAAAUCUUGGACAACGUGAGGGUUUCAGUAAUCGUGACAUUCAAAAAAUACAAAGAAUGUACAAAUGUUACAAACGUCGUCGCAGCUACAAUUGA